AGAUUCACAUGGAUGCCGAAUCACAGCAUUACUGGAUGAAUGUACGGUACCUGCCUUGGACGUUAGCUGUGUCAGUAAUUGUGUGUGCUGCCACUGUAAAUAGAAUCAAUAACAAUAGAAUACAUCAAAUUUAAUUAAAAACAGCAGCAAUAACAUUCCCCUGGCUCCCACUGCCUCUGACAUUGAGUUCAGCUUCGCUGCUGUGGUGGUGCACCAUGAUUCCCUCAAAACUCCUGAAGACUGUGGGGCUGUUGCCUUUAGAGAGAUAUGUCACCACUUACAGUAAAGACUAUAAACCCUUCAGUGAGUGCCACCUACAGUUAAACCAGCAGAAGCCCAGAACUGAACCUAAAGCUGCUCCUGCAUUUAUCAACCCACCUCAGACUCGUCGUGAAACCUGGCCUGUAUUUAAUCAAUGCUUUUACAAAACAACUAACAGCAUCUACGGCUCAAGUAGCUGUUCACAGCCUCCCUCUUGUUCCUUCUUCCCUGCCUCCUUACCUUCAUUUGGCAUUCCCGCUCAUUCCGUCUCCAAUGCGUCUUCUUGGAUUGUUGGCUCUUCCCUGUUAGAUUCCAGGACACAGGAUGUGGGAGUUGCAAGGGAGACUGGGUUUUUACUUGAUGAGGAGGAGAAAGGUCAGCUGCACUACAGUUUUGGUGGAAAGGCGAAUGUGUUAGAGCAGCAGGAGGCAAAAGAUGAGCCGCAGAAGAAGACUGAUGUUCUAUAUGAGGAAGGUGUGAUUGUGUUGUCAUCUCGUGGCGGUCCGGCCUGCUCUGAAGAUUGCAUUAGAUCACUCUGUAGAGAAGCCGGCCUGCAGCACCUUCUCCACCUUCCUGUGGCCUCCAGUCCAAUUAUCACAAUCAAAGAUACUGAAAAUUGGAAUAUAGGCUGCUUGACGGGCUUGGGAUCAGCUAUUGGACUGAAUAAGAGCACCUUCCUUCAGCCUACUACCGGGCAGUGUAGUUGCAGUACAUGGGAAGCUGAGUGCCCUAAUUGUUGCUGUAAGAUGCAAAGCUUCUCUUGUAGCAGCACACUACCUCUGGCCCAUGUACAGCCAACUCUCUACUACCCACAACCCAGCAGGAGACUACCGCUGACAGAGUACCAAUCCAGCUACACUGCGGAGUGGGCCCAGCCAAAGAUACAGCAGAGGGACAUUCAUCAUCGUGAUCCUCCUCGUCAGCAGAUACUCUAUCCUUCAUUCUGAAUUUCAACUUUGGCCUCAAAACACAGCAGAAAAACAAAAAAACAUUGUUUGUGUUUUGUGUAAAACUCAAUAAACCAGUUAAAAAG